CUCACUAUCAAAGUGCGUGUGGAUCUACAGUAGAUUGUUUUAAAGCAAGUUAUCCAACUUCUGAACAACUUCUUCAUCAUGCAGAUGAAUUUGGUUUUAGCAUUUUGCAUUCUGGCACUCCUGUCCUUGACACAGGCUCAAGGAAACACAGCUGGCCCUACUACAUCUGGAUCAGACCAUGCACUCAUUUCGGCAUCCACCAAUAAGGCAUCUUUGCCAACUUCCACCAACCCAAUCACAACUACGGGCCCUACGAUCGUUACUGCGUCUGUAACCACCAUCAAAACGGUCACCUCGAACAGUGCCGUAACGACAAAGACAAUCACGCAAAAACCAAUGACUUCAUCCUCUACCUCCAGUCCUAACACUUCUCCUGGCAACGCAGCUACAACUUCAUCGCCAACCGAUAUUGCGAUGACCUCAACAACUAUUGCGGAUGCCGUGACCAGCACCAGCUCUAUGACUCACCCCCCGUCUUACUCCACUACAACCAUUCCGCCAUCCACCACAAAGGCAGCCGCCUCCAUCAAAACCACAUCUUUGCCAACUUCCACUAACCCGAUCACAACUACGGACCCUACGAUCGUUACUACGUCUGCGACCCCCACCAAAACGGUCACCUCGAGCAGUGCCGUAACGACAAAGACAAUCACGCCAAAACCAAUGACUUCAUCCUCUACCUCCAGUCCUAACUAUUCUCCUGGCAACACGGCUGCAACCUCAUCGACAACCGACAACGCGAUGACCUCAACAACUACUGCAACCGCCAUGACCGGCACCGGCCCUACGACUCACCCCCCAAAUUCUCCUUCGAACUUUCCUACAACCGGCCCUCAAAACGUCACGGCAACAACCAGACCGACAACCAUCCAUACAACAGCAAACAGAGGCUUUGAUGUCACAGAGUCUUUGUUGUUGCUGAGUGUGUCACUUCUUCCCAUUGUUGUCUAAAGAAAAAAAAUGCCCUAAAGACUUUUUUUUCAUCUUAAAGAUUCUGUUACUCAGGCAGAAAUGUGAAGUCAAUCUGAAAAAGGAGAAGGAUUCUGGAAAUCAAGGAGAAAAUAAUAAUGAUUCAAUAUAACUCGUUUUUUUUAACCCUUGUGUAAUGUUCAUAUUGUUGUUACUCAGCCAGCGUUUGUGGGUCUGAUGGACCCGUUGCAUUUCGUGGCUUUUAAUGUCUCACAAUCAAACACUUUCAUGUUAAAAUACUGAACAGAUGUUUAUUGGGAUAAGGUAAACAUCUGUUCAGUAUUUUAACAUAAAAGUGUUUGAUUGUGAGGCAUUAAAAGCCACAAAAUGCAACGGGUCCAUCAGACCCACAAACGAACAGAAGUUUAUUGGGAUAAGGUAAACAUCUGUUCAGUAUUUUAACAUAAAAGUGUUUGAUUGUGAGGCAUUAAAACCCCCAAAAUGCAACGGGUCCAUCAGACCCACAAACGAACAGAUGUUUAUUGGGAUAAGGUAAACAUCUGUUCAGUAUUUUAACAUAAAAGUGUUUGAUUGUGAGGCAUUAAAAGCCACAAAAUGCAACGGGUCCAUCAGACCCACAAACGAACAGAUGUUUAUUGGGAUAAGGUAAACAUCUGUUCAGUAUUUUAACAUAAAAGUGUUUGAUUGCGAGGCAUUAAAAGCCACAAAAUGCAACGGGUCCAUCAGACCCACAAACGAACAGAAGUUUAUUGGGAUAAGGUAAACAUCUGUUCAGUAUUUUAACAUAAAAGUGUUUGAUUGCGAGGCAUUAAAAGCCACAAAAUGCAACGGGUCCAUCAGGCCCACAAACGAACAGAUGUUUAUUGGGAUAAGGUAAACAUUUGUUCAGUAUUUUAACAUAAAAGUGUUUGAUUGCGAGGCAUUAAAAGCCACAAAAUGCAACAGGUCCAUCAGACCCACAAACGAACAGAAGUUUAUUGGGAUAAGGUAAACAUCUGUUCAGUAUUUUAACAUAAAAGUGUUUGAUUGCGAGGCAUUAAAAGCCACAAAAUGCAACGGGUCCAUCAGACCCACAAACGAACAGAUGUUUAUUGGGAUAAGGUAAACAUCUGUUCAGUAUUUUAACAUAAAAGUGUUUGAUUGCGAGGCAUUAAAAGCCACAAAAUGCAACGGGUCCAUCAGACCCACAAACGAACAGAUGUUUAUUGGGAUAAGGUAAACAUUUGUUCAGUGUUUUAACAUAAAAGUGUUUGAUUGUGAGGCAUUAAAAGCCACAAAAUGCAACGGGUCCAUCAGACCCACAAACGAACAGAUGUUUAUUGGGAUAAGGUAAACAUCUGUUCAGUAUUUUAACAUAAAAGUGUUUGAUUGUGAGGCAUUAAAAGCCACAAAAUGCAACGGGUCCAUCAGACCCACAAACGAACAGAUGUUUAUUGGGAUAAGGUAAACAUCUGUUCAGUAUUUUAACAGAAAAGUGUUUGAUUGCGAGGCAUUAAAAGCCACAAAAUGCAACGGGUCCAUCAGACCCACAAACGAACAGAAGUUUAUUGGGAUAAGGUAAACAUCUGUUCAGUAUUUUAACAUAAAAGUGUUUGAUUGCGAGGCAUUAAAAGCCACAAAAUGCAACGGGUCCAUCAGACCCACAAACGAACAGAAGUUUAUUGGGAUAAGGUAAACAUCUUGUUCAGUAUUUUAACAUAAAAGUGUUUGAUUGUGAGGCAUUAAAAGCCACAAAAUGCAACGGGUCCAUCAGACCCACAAACGAACAGAUGUUUAUUGGGAUAAAGUAAACAUCUGUUCAGUAUUUUAACAUAAAAGUGUUUGAUUGCGAGGCAUUAAAAGCCACAAAAUGCAACGGGUCCAUCAGACCCACAAACGAACAGAAGUUUAUUGGGAUAAGGUAAACAUCUGUUCAGUAUUUUAACAUAAAAGUGUUUGAUUGUGAGGCAUUAAAAGCCACAAAAUGCAACGGGUCCAUCAGACCCACAAACGAACAGAAGUUUAUUGGGAUAAGGUAAACAUCUGUUCAGUAUUUUAACAUAAAAGUGUUUGAUUGCGAGGCAUUAAAAGCCACAAAAUGCAACGGGUCCAUCAGACCCACAAACGAACAGAAGUUUAUUGGGAUAAGGUAAACAUCUGUUCAGUAUUUUAACAUAAAAGUGUUUGAUUGCGAGGCAUUAAAAGCCACAAAAUGCAACGGGUCCAUCAGACCCACAAACGAACAGAUGUUUAUUGGGAUAAGGUAAACAUCUGUUCAGUAUUUUAACAUAAAAGUGUUUGAUUGCGAGGCAUUAAAAGCCACAAAAUGCAACGGGUCCAUCAGACCCACAAACGAACAGAAGUUUAUUGGGAUAAGGUAAACAUUUGUUCAGUAUUUUAACAUAAAAGUGUUUGAUUGCGAGGCAUUAAAAGCCACAAAAUGCAACGGGUCCAUCAGACCCACAAACGAACAGAAGUUUAUUGGGAUAAGGUAAACAUCUGUUCAGUAUUUUAACAUAAAAGUGUUUGAUUGUGAGGCAUUAAGAGCCACAAAAUGCAACGGGUCCAUCAGACCCACAAACGAACAGAUGUUUAUUGGGAUAAGGUGAACAUCUGUUCAGUAUUUUAACAUAAAAGUGUUUGAUUGCGAGGCAUUAAAAGCCACAAAAUGCAACGGGUCCAUCAGACCCACAAACGCUGGCUGAGUAACGACAAUAUGAACGUUGCACGGAAAAUUUCUCUGCCAGUUUCAGCAUCCCACAGGGAUUGUUCUUUUGUGUUUCUGCACCAGCGGUUCCCACACAAGGUUGCAACAUUGUUUGUCAACACUGUCUGCUCUCAUUUUCUCGCACGUUUUAACCCUCUGAUGUUCUGUGUACCUACACUCUGUUCUCCUCCUGUCUAGACCUGCUGUGUGUGUGUCUGUUUGUGUGUGUGGGUGGGUGCGUGUGGUACACAGAACAUCAAUUUCCACACUUCUAUUAGACCCGGAUAUCUUAUAUGUAAUAGAAAUGUGUAGGGGGGGUGGUCAUUAAAUAUGUAUUCUGAUAUAUGUUCUUCACAGAAAAUGAGCCAAAGUCAGCGAGGCUCAGUUUGAAAAAUUAAUUAAUAGUAUCAUUUUUCUUUUAAUAAAAAAUGAAAACGGGCCCCACAGACCCGAACACCACACAAGUUUGAUACAAACAAAAGAUUGAUCAGAUGCUAAGAACUUGGCUAAGAUUGUAGCUCAGAAAACUACUGGAGUCAAUGGAGCUCUAUUACCUUUUUCUUAUCGUAUUGGUAAUCAUUCAUUUAUUCAUUCAUUUUCUGCUCUGCAUUAAAUAUAAAAGUAUCGUCCUCUUGGAAAAAAUAAGAA